GUGUGUGUGUGUGUGUGUGUGUGUGUGAGAGGGAGUGUGAGGGCCCUGAGAGCUGAGUACUGGAAACCCCACUUGUUUUUGAACAGAAUGUUGAAAAAUGACGACGAAAACUCUCAAGUAAAUCUGAUAAACAAGAAAAAGAAAAAAAAGGAAAGCGGAACAGCCCCUGACGUCGUCGACCAAACCGAAGUGGACAACAACAGUCCAGAGCCUGAGAGCAGGAAAAGAAAGAAAAAAUCUAAAGAGAAGCCAGUUUCGACUGAUGCAAGUGACUCCAAUUGUCCUUCUUGCCCUGACGAGCAGAACAGUCCCGAGAAAUCGGCAAAGAGAAAGAAGAAAAAGAAAGACAGGACUGGAGGUCAAGGCAUCGCAGGAGAUGUUCCCUGUCAAGGUGAACGUAAUCUGGAUACAGACAAAAGUUUGAGGAACAGGAAUCGUAGUGAAAUGCAUGAGAGUUCAUCUGGCAGUUCAAAAAUGAAGAAAAAUAAAUUGAAACCUAAUGAGACAUUGACGGUGGCGAGUGCUAAGGAUCAGUCCAGCACUCCAAAUGUCUCCAGAGAAUCCAAUAGGAAAAUGCAUGAAGAUGAGAUGGAGAGUGGUGCAGGCAAAACCAACUGCAAUGUGAAGAAAAAGAAAGGAGACAAGAGCAGAAAUGAGGAAGAAGGGAGAGCAAAAGGUAACCAGGGCUCAAGUGAUGCUGCUGAUGUAUCGGAGGAAGCUGCAGACAUCUCUAACGAUCGGGACGAGAUGGAUCUGGCGAAGAAGAAGAAAAAGAAAAAGAAGCGCUUUCAUUCUGAGGAAAUCAAAUUGGAUUCGAAAGAACAGUUGUCAGCGGGAAAAACAAAGAGAGAAAAGCACAGGGAUAUAGCGCAGUUAGAGGAGGCUGAAACUAGGAGCGGUGAAUGUCAAGUCGCAAACGUCAGGAAGCCCAAAGAUGGACAAGCGCUAAAUGUUCUGCAUCCCAGAGUAGAAGCAACGGAUGAACGUUGCUUGAAAAAGAAGAAAAAGAAGGAAAAGCUACAAUGUGAAGACCAGCAGUUACAAAGCGAAACGAAAACCCUUUCAGAAGCUAGAUUACCGGAGAAUAAGAGACAAAUGACGGGACAAAUUAACGGUGACAAAAAAUGCGUUAAAUCGAAAAGAUGUAAGAUGUCUGCAGCAGUCAAAAAAGAAGAGGGUUUGACUGUUUCUCAAUCCCAGCCAGUGGAGGAUCUCAAAACUGCACCAAGUGUAGCUGAAAAAAAGAAGAGAAUCCCACAACCCGUAUCAGCGGUUAUUGAAGACCUCACAAAGAUAAAAAGGAAAAAAAAACAAAUGUUAAAUGUGGGAAAGAUAAAAGUUGAAAUUGAAUCUCAGGAGAGUGACGGAGAAUUGCAGAUUAUGUCUGAAAAGAAAGGAAAUGUAUUUGAAGCGACGAUAGACAAGGCUCGCAGGCAAGCCUUGCAAGCAGAAAUCGACAGAGUUUCUGGUAAAACCAAUACUUUGGAGACGGGGGCUGUUUCAGAGACAAAACCUCUGGAUAUCAACCCUCUGGAUAACAAACAAACAGAUAUCAAACAAACAGAUAUCAAACCUCAUUGCACGCAGUUUGGACAAUGGAACACAGCUUCAUUUCAGAACCCAGAACAGCAAAAUAAAUUUUUGAGACUGAUGGGUGGAUUUAAGAAGUCAAAUCAACAUUUAUUAACAGGAGUGGAUUCUGAAAAGCCCAACAUGGCCCUUAACAAGUCUGACGAGCAGAAACUUAACACCCAUUUACAGAGCGAUUUUGAAAAAGCCUUGAACUUCAGGCAGAACCGAGGCAUCGGUCUGGGCUUCCGGUCCCCACAACAGCAGAUACAGAGCAAAAUGUUUUACAUAGAUAAGAAUGCCUCGACAUCAUCAAAGUUUAAUUUAGACUAAGGUGAAAAUGAACAGUAUUUUGAAUACUAAAAAAAAAGAUUGUAUAAUAAUAUUUUGAUCUACUUUCAAUAAUUUCUCUCUUACUUGGGAUUUGGGUGGUUAUCUACAAAUCAAAACAAUACUGGAUUCAAUUGUUCAAUUUGGUCUGGAAAAAGGCAGCUGUAAUUGGAAGCUGGAAUCAUAGUAGAUAUGAAAAUUAAGCUCAGCUGAGCUUUGUAUUUCAUGUAGAACACAGCUGUGUGUGUCCUGGUUGAAUGGACCAAAUGCUGGCUCAGGUUUACGUUAUUUUUUUCCUGCAGGAUUUCUUAUUUCACCUUUGUUUCAGUCAACUUCGGUAUUUGAAUCAGAAAAUUGAUGACAUUGUUUUCUGACUUAUUAAGAACCAACAUCAGACCAGAGCUUACAGUGUGAUGGUGUACAAGUUUUACAAUUAUAUUUCCACCCUUCAGUUUGGAUUCACAAUAAACAUGAACAAAACUGUUAGUAAUAAAACAUUGCAUUUUUGCAUCUUUCAACAACAA